ACUCUCUUUUAUUUCCUCUCUAUCCUGGCUAUCGAUUUCGUUACAAUCAAAGAAGGGAUCUUAAGAUAAGCCGGAUCUGCCAAAAACGCCGAUCUCCUGCUUAGUUUACGAUCAUUAUGGGGUUACUUGACCAGUUGUGGGACGACACUGUUGCGGGUCCUCGACCCGAUAACGGCCUCGGCAAACUCCGAAAGCACUCCACUUUCACUUUCCGGCCUAACUCCGCCAAGGAAUCAGAUGGCGGGAGUGUGAAAUCAUACGGUGAUGUGACGUCGGAGGAAGCGACGAGAGUGACACGUACUAUUAUGAUCGUAAAACCACCGGGUUACCAGAGCGGAUCGCCCCCGGUUUCGCCGGCUGGGUCGACUCCUCCGGUGUCUCCUUUUUCUGGAGGCAGAGAGUCGUAUCGGUUUCGGAGAAGGUCUACAUCGGAUGCAUAUGAGAAGGCCAACGAGGUUGGACCAAGGAGCCCUCGUCCUCCUUACGACGUGUGAGAUAUGAGCCUCUCCCCUUUUCGGCGACAAAUCAAAGCUGUUUUCUACGUCUGUGUAGCUUAAGUUUAUGAAUGUGAUCAAGCUGAGUUUGGUACCGUUUGCAUGUGUAGUUCUUUUGGAUGUAUAUCUUUGUCAUGGGAUAAUGUUAGACAGAUGGUAAUGUACGAAAGUAUGUACGUAGUUUGCUACUUGUAUAAAGAGCUUGUAUCUUAUCUCUCUGCAGUUUGUUUGUUCUCUUGAAAGUUGAAACUUGUUGGAAUAAGAUUAAUUUCAGUGUCGGCUUUCUCUAGCUGAUCAUGAACUUCAAA